UUGCUGUCAGAUGGUGUAAGUGCAAGACGUGCGAGUCUGAGUGUAUACAGAAGCCAGCAUGUGCAGCCACGCUCUCUGCCCUUCAUCAGAGUCCAGAUUCUUCGGUGUGAAUAAACCCGAUAUGGAUUUCCAAAAAAAGGAGAAGGAGACGCUACAUUGCGCAGAUCCAAAAGAUGCCUACAAAUGCCGUCAGCCCCGUUUCCACACGGAUUUAAACUGUCCCGUGUGUCUGCAGACGGCCGCUUUGCCCGUGGAGACCAACUGUGGCCAUUUAUUUUGUGGAUCGUGUCUCGUGGAGUACUGGAAGCACGACCCGUGGUUAGGCGCCGUCAGCUGCCCUCUCUGCAGACAGAAGGUUGUUUUCCUCUAUAAAGAGUUCUGCGACUCUCAGCAGGAUAACGCGAGCAGAGAGAUCGUGCAGGACAUCCGGCGUUACAAUAACCGCUUCUCCGGGAAACGGCGCCCAGUCACAGACUACCUGUUUGAUCUUCCAUCCCUACUACACCUUGUAAUGAGAAGACUCUUCACGUUGGGUGGACUCGUCUGGAUCUUCUGCCUCCGAGUCAUUGUGUGUUCCUUUGGCGCAAUCUUGUGUGUAUCUUCUCCCUUCGACAUGAUCCGGGACCCUCUGUGUGGAAUUCUCAGCACCAUCGAUGAUUUAGUGGUGGUCUUCAUUCUCCUGAUCUUCACAAUCAACAUUUUACAGCAGCUCAGGUCGGAGGGGAUAAACAUCAUCCACUCAUCGCCCCAGAGCAACCUAACGGAGUAUUAAACAAAAUCCACUAAUCAAUGCGAUCAGCGCGUUCUGUAAACGUCUGCAUGGCAAACACGUUACAUCGAGAUUCAAUGUGGAACACGUAGCGUUAGGUCCUGUA